AUUCUGUAUUGUUUAAUACUCAGGAAAAAAAAAAAAAAACGCAAUGUCUAAAUUAUUUUCUAUAAUACUUUUCAGCUGUCUUGCUGUUUACUUCAUUGUUUUAAUAUCAGCUGUUUCUGGAGAUGGAAUAGGUCAUGUAGAUCAUGGAUCAAGUCAUCAUCAUCAUCAUGUAGAUGAUGGAUCAACUCAUCUUCAUCAUGCAGAUGAUAGUUCAAAACAUAGAUCAAGCCAUCAUCAUCAUGAAUACGAUAGAUCAAGCCAUCAUCAUCAUGAAGAUACUAGCUCAAGCCAUCACCAUCACCACCAUCAUCACCAUCACGAUAAUACUGUUCCUCAUGUAUGAUUAAAUUAAUUAAAUAUGAAUCAGAAAAAAGUGUCGUUAAAUACCAAUACACAACAUAAAAUUGUUAUUCAAAUAAAAUGAUU